CCCAAUUCAAGAAGCGCGUGCUCCGUCAGGGUUGUCACUACCAAUCGGCCGAAACCCUAACCCUAGACACCUUCUCCAUCUCCCUCGCGAAUCUCUGGUAUGUCUUCUUCCUCCUCUAUCCUCUCCGUUAACAACCGGUAAACUUCGACAUCACUGUUGGAAAUCCUCUGAAGUAUCUGAAGACGAAAGCUUCAGACAUCAAUAACGCCAGUCGUGUCGGAGGCCCAAAUUAGUUCUCCCUGAAAUGUUGUUUGGAGAAAUUUCAGAGGAUGAUCAUGGAUAUUUAGAAACCGUUGUUCUCGGUGGCAAUAACUGAUGUCACGGUUAGAAAUUCACAGAUUGUGUGAGAGUUAUGGAAGAUAGAUAUUACUAGUUCCUUAAGCCAAUUCUCGAGACGGGUUCGUAGUAAAAUCCCGGUUUCGGAUUCAAUGGGGUCUGUUAAUAAUUCGAGCGAAGAUGGCGAAUGGAAAGUUGUCUUGAAUCGUCGAGGAAGACAGGGAAGAAGAUUUCCGAAGUAUAAGGCUCAAGAAGAAGAAGAACAACAACAACCUUGGACACCGAAUGAACUUGAAGUUGAUUCUCUGAGACAGUCAAGGCUAAUACAGAAGAUGGAAAUCUCUAUGAAGAAACUCGAGAACUCGCAGUUUUACGCAGAAUUCGUUGGAAAAAUCCAGGCUCCUGAGGUUUUAGAUCACUUCCGUCGUGUCUUGGGCACUGAGUCACAGCUGAAUAUGGUGAUUUAUGGCAUAGGCAGCAUCGAAUCUUACGAACCCCCGAGAUUUCAGCUAAGCAUAGCGAUCUUGUUGAAGAAGAAGUUUGAUUGGAUCGGUGACAUAGAAGUAUUUGAUCCAGUUCUUUCCGCAACAGAAUCUAACGUCGUAACAUCUCUCGGCUGCUCUGUUCUGUCUGUCAACGAGCAAGGUCGGAGAGAAGCUAUAAAGCCGACCCUUUUCUUCAUGCCACACUGUGAAGCCGAGCUAUACAGCAAUCUGUUGCAGGCGAACUGGAGAACGGAUUCCUUGUCGAGAAUUGCAUUGUUCGGGAACAGCUUUCAGACAUAUGAGCAGCAUGUCGUCGAGAACAAGAACUCGUUAAACCCGAGGGUUAUCAGUUCGACGAGACGUAUCAUCGCUGUAAGAAGUUUCACGCACGAGUUUGCGAUCGAGACAGUGUCUGAUGAUUAUUUUCCAGCUUUCCAUGAUUCAAGCUGGCAUUUUUUCUGCCAUGAUCAUCCUGAUUCAGAACUGCCAUUGGUGGAUUCUUGACAGGUAACUUGUGAAAACAUAAAUGCUCAUGAUUGUGGUUCCCAUGGUGAUGGUGCGUCUACUAUGAGGUCAUUACCUCUCUGUGAUUAACGAUUAAGUUCAAUAACUAAAUGUUUGAUUUACGAGGAAUGUCAAUUUUUUCUGAA